UACACCAACAAAAAUUACAAAAAGAAGAAACAUAUCAAAAUUAACUAUAACUAUAAUAUCCUUAGUGAACACAGUCUUUCAUAGGAAAAUAAAAUUAUAGCCUGAAAAGUGUUCAUUAACUAAUAUCAAUGGCCUUAAUCUCCUCUUCUUCUCUAACUAUAUCUUCUUCAUUAACUCAUUUAUCUUCUUCUUCUUCUCCACAAUGUGUGAGCCUUCCUUCUCUUCCAUCACUCCAUUUGCUGUCUCAUAAUCAUGCUUUGAAGACCACUUCUCAUUAUCGCAAAAUUGGUCGCAAUGUUGUGGUAAUGGCCACAGGAGAGGCACCAGCAGAAGUUUCCUCAAGUGAUGAGGUGCCAGAAUUUGUCAAGACUCUUCAAGAAACUUGGGACAAAGUUGAUGAUAAAUAUGCAGUGAGUUCAUUGGUUGUAGCUAGUGUGAUUGCACUUUGGGGCUCAACAGGGUUGAUCUCAGCAAUUGAUAGGCUUCCCUUGAUUCCUGGGGUUCUUGAGUUAGUAGGCAUUGGCUACACUGGGUGGUUUGCAUACAAGAAUCUAGUUUUCAAGCCAGAAAGGGAAGAACUUUUACAAAAUGUACAGAAAGCAAUUACUGAAAUAAUUGGGAGUAGCUAAAAGAGUUGGAAUGAUAGAGUUCUAUCUUGCAGCAUUCUCUUGAAGAUUUCAUCCUGCUUCAUUUUGUAGCCAUAUAAGCUUUUUGAGUUUUGACCAUACCUUAUCCUAUAUAUGUAAUGUAUUAUUUUCUGAAAAAAAUUAUAUCUCUUAAUUAAAUGUUAAUCCACUAUAAAACAAUCUUAUUUUCUCAA